CAUGCCCAUGACCCUGUCUUUAGGAGUGUCACACAUUCUCCCAAAAUGCAGGCCUUGGCCAGAAGUCUGGGCCUUCAGAUGCCAGUGGUGCUGCAGAGCAUGUACAUCUUUAAGCAACCUCACUUUGGCGGUGAAGUCUCCCCUCACCAGGAUGCCUCCUUUCUGUACACGGAACCCCUGGGCCGGGUGCUGGGCAUGUGGAUCGCAGUGGAGGAUGCCACGCUGGGGAACGGCUGCCUCUGGUUCAUCCCUGGCUCCCAUACCAGUGGAGUGUCGAGAAGGAUGAUCCGGGCCCCUGCUGGCUCAGUGCCUUGUACCAGCUUCCUCGGGUCAGAGCCAAUCCGUGAUAAUAGACUGUUUGUGCCCACACCAGUGCGGAGAGGGACCUUGGUCUUGAUCCAUGGAGAAGUGGUACACAAGAGUGAGCAGAACCUCUCAGACCAAUCACGCCAGGCCUACACUUUCCACCUGAUGGAGGCUGCUGACACAGUCUGGAGUCCAGAGAACUGGCUCCAGCCGACAGCUGAGCUUCCCUUUCCUCCACUGUACACCUAGAGGCCCUUGCAGAGCUGGUGUGGUCCCCUCUGGGUGAAGCUGUGGACUGUCAAC